ACUACGGAUUUUCGAAGGCACGGGUUUUCAUCACCUAUGAAGUCAACAAAAUAUAAAAAGAUCGCGGACAAUAACUAUCUAUGUCACAUUUUGUUUUUGCUCACUACUAACCUUUAUCAAUUUCAUUCACUCCGAAGGCGGUGGUUUGGAGUCUUCAUGUUUGGACGAUGGUACGACUAGUAAAGAUUCUGGGUUUAUUUUUAUUUCUGAUUGUGAAUUGUCAGCCGUCUGCUACUGAGGAAGAGAAUCAUGUAUUUAGCGGCAAGUUUAAAGACCAAGAUGUUAAUGAGAAUACACGCGCUGAAAAUUUUGAUACUCAUCCUACUCAUUCAUCCUCAGUAAUUACGGACAGUAGUUAUAUAAACAAUCCAAAAGGCAAUAAGCCUACUAAUCUUGGUCCGUCACGUUCAAAUGAUGCGGCGGCAAAGAGUCUUGACUCAUCGUCGUUAAACGGAGAAAGCAAUCAGUACUCACAUAAGUUAUCGAGGAGUAGUGAACCACAGCAGGUUAAUAUGAGGAUUGUUGAUCAGGAGUUGGUCAGUGAUGUGGCAAAGCAUGAUCGUAAGCAUAAUAUUGAUACUGACGAACUACGUGGUUCUAAUCAUGACCCUUCAGAUGUCAAUCAGAAAUAUGACCAGUCAGGUUUGAGUCGUGGUGUGCGUGCAGAUAUACAUGAAAAAUCAAUUCACAAUACCCAGCACAUACCACCGACACCUAGUUUUCCACAUCCGGGCAUGGCUAAUGGACACCAGCCAAGUCGAAGUGGUCAGUCGCAUGAUUCUAAUUUCAAGGAUAGUGCGGUAGGCAACCGCUUGCCUCAAGGACAUGUAACAGGUGUUAAUCAGCCACCACCAAAAUAUUUCCAUGAUAAAUCUGGACAUGUGGAGUCUGACCGCGGUCCUGAGGUGUCUGAACGCCCUCACUUUCAUGAUAGCAGGGACUCUCCGUUUAGAUAUCCUAGUGAUAAUAUUGGAUCAAGUUCUCAGUGGGAAGCUGGUGAACAAAUUAGCCCUCAUGAUCGCCCCCAAAAGCCACGGAGAAAUAUUUUACCGGAGUACCAAUUGGAUGAAACUUUCUCUCUACCAUCACGUGAAGAUCCAACGCAAAAUCAUGCUGACUUUGUUUCUCUGGUCGUAAUCGUACCCCCUGGAGUGAAGCAUUGCUACUUCUAUAAACCGAUUACGAACUUUGAGGUCGAAUAUCAAGUUCUUAAAGGAGGUCACUUAGAUAUCGGUAUAUUUAUUCGGGAUCCCGAAGGAGAACCAAUUGCUGUCCGCCCACCGCUAUCAGACUCUCAGGUUUCAAUAUCUGUUCCGAAAUACUUCCGUCUUAUGCCAUAUGCAAUUUGUCUGGACAAUAGAAAAGCUAGUUAUGCGUAUAAAAAUGUUUAUUUUUCUGUCGAUGUAAAUUUAAACUGGGACAACCCUAGUGAACUAGAACGACAGGCAAUAGAAACGUUACGUAACAAUGCUCUAGUGAAUUCACAGGCUCAAGCGGCAAAUGCUGAGCAUGAGGAAAAUAUUGUCAAGCUUAUGGCACAAUUAGAUAUAAUAUUUGGCCGUUUACGACGCAUCGAGCACAUGCAACAACGCUCUAGUAAUUUCGACUCUGCGGACAAAUCAUUAAUGGAAGGAAACUUGGAGCGUAUUACAACCGGUUCAUUGUUCCAAGUUGCUCUUAUGAUUGCUGUAGCAACUAUUCAAGUUGGUCUUAUUCGUUCUUUAUUUGACCAAAGAAGUUAUCUAUAUAAAAUCUGGACUGGAAACGGGUUUCAAAACUUAAAUACUCGUUGUUAAUCUUGUAUUGAUUCAAUAAAAUAUUCUAGUCUAUAUUUGCCUUCAAUGUGGUUUCCUUAACAUCGAGCUUUAUUUAUGCAUUUCUUUUGUUUUGUACAUUUGUACACAGUUUACUUUAAAUAAUUUAUUUCGCUACAUAUGCUAUGUUCUUUCAUUUAAACCAUGUUUUCUAUGUUGUUGAUUGACAUGUACUUCGUUUAAUAGUCUGUAUCUUUUUCAUCCGCUAUUUUGAAAUACAAUUUCUUCAUAAUAAAGAUUGUGCUCAUUUGUCUUUAAUUUUGUUUUCUCUACUUGUUGUGUUCUGUUUUUGGUCGCUUAAUACUGUCUACGUAAAAUGAAAUCAUCCUUGUUGUAGGUAGAAAGUGAUACGAAUAAACCACUGAUUGAUCUUAAUAAUUCUUGUGUUUUGCGAAUAGAUAUUUGAUUUCAAACCUUAGCAUAUAUGUGA